UCCAGGUGCUGGCGUAUACAGACUCUCCGCUGCUCUGUCAUCGUCGUAUAUAAAUACACUCGUACCGGGACGGGAGAUUGUCAGACAGCGCUGCAGCGUUACCUGUCACAAUUACUUCAUACACAGUCAGGAUGCCUGGAUCAGCCUCAAUCAGUUGCCUGGGACCAUGGCCCAAAGACGUGGGCAUCAUCGCCAUGGAGCUGUACUUUCCAUCGCAGUUUGUGGACCAAGCUGAGCUGGAGCAAUUUGACGGCGUGCCCGCUGGUAAAUACACCGUGGGCCUCGGCCAGGCUCGCAUGGGCUUCUGCUCGGACUGUGAAGACAUCAACUCCCUGUGCCUGACUGUGGUCCAGAGGCUGAUGGAGAGGAACAGCCUGUCCUACGACAGCGUGGGUCGCCUGGAGGUCGGCACCGAGACCAUCAUCGACAAGUCCAAGUCUGUCAAGACGGUCAUCAUGCAGCUGUUUGAGGACUCAGGCAAUACAGACGUGGAAGGCAUUGACACCACAAACGCCUGCUAUGGCGGCACGGCAGCCCUCUUCAACGCUGUCAACUGGGUGGAGUCCAGCUCCUGGGACGGGCGUUAUGCUUUGGUGGUAGCGGGGGACAUCGCCGUAUAUGCCACAGGAAGUGCGCGGCCCACAGGGGGCGCUGGUGCAGUGGCCAUGCUGGUCGGACCGAAUGCUCCUCUGGCAUUUGAACGAGGUCUGAGAGGAACACACAUGCAGCACGCCUACGACUUCUACAAGCCUGACCUGAUGUCCGAAUACCCGGUGGUGGACGGGAAGCUGUCGAUAGAGUGUUACCUGAGCGCUCUGGACCGCUGCUACUCUGUUUUCCGCAACAAGAUCCACGCACAGUGGCAGAGAGAGAGUUCAGAGAAGCGCUUCAGUCUGGAGGACUUUGGUUUUCUGGUCUUUCACUCUCCGUACUGCAAACUGGUGCAGAAGUCUUUGGCCAGACUGAUGCUCAACGACUUCCUGAGUCACCCCAACCCCGACACCGAGACCGGGCCCUUCACCGGCCUGGAAGCCUUCAGAGAUGUUCGGCCAGAGGACACCUACUUUGACCGGGACGUGGAGAAGGCCUUCAUGAAGGCCAGUGCAGAUCUGUUUGAGAGGAAAACAAAGCCUUCACUGCUCAUCUCCAACCAGAACGGAAACAUGUACACGCCGUCGGUCUAUGGCUGCCUGGCGUCGCUCAUCGCACAACGCACAGCGUCACAGAUUGCAGGACAGAGAAUCGGUGUUUUCUCUUACGGCUCUGGAUUUGCUGCGACGCUGUAUUCUCUCAGAGUCACACAGGACCACACCCCCGGAUCCAGUCUGGACAAACUCGUGUCCAGCCUCAGUGACCUGAAGCUCCGCCUGGACUCCAGGAGCAAGGUCUCACCUGCCGUCUUCUCUGAGAACAUGAAGCUGAGGGAGGAGACACAUCACUUAGCGAGCUACAUCCCCCGUGGCUCAGUGGACGAUCUGUUCCCUGGGACGUGGUACCUGACGCGCGUGGAUGAGAAACAUCGCAGGGAAUACGCGCGCAGACCUCUGGACCACGACCUGCCUACGGAGCCAGAACUCAUUCAUACAAACUCCGGCACAAAGACGGAGCACAUCCCGAGUCCUGCCAAGAAGAUGCCUCGCAUUCCCGCGACCAUGCCGAGCUCCGAGGCCGCCGCCGUUAGCAACUGAGCGCUCACGACUUUAACCUCUGUGAGGUACCAGACUCCUCCUCCCAUCACUGUACGUUAAAGGACAACUGGACCUGCCCCUUCCCAUCAUCCAUCCCCCCCCUGCUGUCCUGCUGCAUUCGACCGCAUGUCUGCUUUCAUCACGGUUUUAUUCCAGAAAAAUCUUCGAGUGUGUGGGCGGGGCUUAGGCUUAUCAACAAACAGACUUCCUCCUGGCAGCUGGCCGCCAGUGACAGGAAGAGGAAAUGAACAGGGUGUCAAGGGGGGUGGGUCUUAAUAAAAUGCUGCUGCUGCUGCUACCGCCUUGGCAACCCAACAGGAAGGUGAUGCGUCACUCGUGGUGACCACAAUCAUGGCUCCUCCCCCUCCUUCUCUUUAUGCUGCUUUUAGUCCGUCAUUAUCUCGUUCAACUGAAGCUACAGUAACAGUGACGUCGGCAGUUUCUUCACCCGCUGAGUCAUAGCUGCCUGUUUUUUCAUCGUGUGUGUAAUUGAAAAUAUUGAUUUAUUGAUCAUGUGAUUGAUGAUGUAAUCGAUUAUCUGAUUAAUAUUUAAUCUAUAAUCAAUCACAUUAAAAACCACACUGGAAAAAAACAAACAAAACAGCAUUUUCACCUUUUUACUGUGACAUGUAAGGGAGUUACGUUACCAUGACAACAUCAUGUACUCAUCUCAGCUACAGAAUCCUCACACGUGUCAUUUUAUGAAAAUGAGCAUUUCAUAAAAUGAAGCUGUGUGUGAAAAGUUAUUUUUAAAAUAAAUAAGUAGUGCCCUCUAGUGGCAGUGUAUGGAAUCACCAGAUUUCUUUUUAACCCUUCCCUUAACCCUAUUUUUUACUUUACUUAGCAAUUCUUAUUUUUCUGCUAAUUUCAUUUCAAAUUAGAAGAAUUGCUAAUUAAAAAAAAAAUGCCCCCUCCUUCCCCCAGCACCAUUUGUUUUUUUUCUUUCACUCGUACACUCGUGUCCACAUUAGUGUAAACACAAAUAAUGCUUUUAAUCUAAAAAAUUAUAUAUAAUAUUCCUGCUGCACCCGCAGAUUAACCACAGAUUAUGUGUCCCGUCUGUGUCGCCUUUUUAAUCCAAACUAAAAAGUGCGACAUUUUCCACUGAUGUGUCGCUCAUUGUGUGUUUUUUUAUUCUUGUGUGUCAUCACAGUGGUGCAUUCAGGGAACCCUGGAAUCCACAGUCUCUCAAUGAAAUAUAUAUGGUUAGUUGGGGACCUUUUUUUUUUUUUCAAAGGUGCAGUGUGUAGAAAUGUCAGAUGUUUUUAUUCAUGUAUUACUGUUUUGUACAGUAGCCCAGAAUGGACAAAUCAAACUCUGGCUCAAAAGAGUGACGUUUAUUUGGUUUCACCAUGGUUUCUCACCACUAGGUGUCAGUAAAGUGUAUGAUAAGAUCAUAUAUAUGUUCAGACAGUGACUGUCGCAGAUGAUUGUUGUUUUCACUGUGAAGCCCCUCCCCCAUCUAUCGCUGUUGUUUUCAGUCGCACAGACCUCGAGCUGAAAUGUUGUGUUCCUCUUCCUGUCGGUGGGAGAGAGGGAGGGGGAAGUGGGCGUGGCCUCAGAAGGAGGCAGUACGAUCGCACCUCAAGAAGCCUUACUAGAACCACAACAACAAGCAUGUUUGUUUUUGAAAUGAACAAUAAUGUACAGAUAUUUACAAUUGUACAGUCUCACACACACACACUCUCACAGGUCACAUGACCUCUGUACAGUACAAACUGUAAUAAGAUUAUUAAAACUGUAUAGCUGUAAAUGAACGAGUGACUAUUAUUAACUGACGUGUAGAUUCAGUGAAUAAAUUUCAAUGAAGUUUCAA